UGUUGAAUUGCAGUAUUAUCUAACCCACCUAAUGAUGUACAAGUUCUUGUUUCUCCUCCUCGUUUUAUGUACAGGGGGGAAAGCAGUACAUUUGUACACAGAGAAAACAUUUAUUCACCAAUACUAUGGGGUAUCUGUCGCUUUGUUAGAUGAGAGAAAAGAAGAUCCGAAACUUAAGGAAGACGACCUCUGCUUUUCUUCAAAAUUUCAGGUUCUUGAAACUCCUGGCUGUAUCUCAUCCAUGUUCCUGGAAAACUUGACAACACAUCACACGAUAUUCAACUCUUCAAAAAAUACGGAGAAGGAUUGUGCCGAUUACUGUGCAGAGAAACCGGAAGUGUUUAACCUUGUAGCUAUAGCUAGAUUUCAAUCCGGGGUGCAUUGUCAAUGCUUGGAACCGACAAAGGUUUCUUUGGAUGAAAUAGGUCCUCUUGUAUACUGUGAAGAAACGAAUAAAGAUGAAUCCAGGGGUGUAAACAAUGAAUCAGAGGUUUACUACAGUCUCUACUGCUUAUCUAAUACUGUACUGUCAGGGAUAAACAUUCACUAUCUGCAGUACAGUACAGGACAAUCAAUUACAAGCAAGGCUAAACCAAACACCCAGCAGAUGUUCUUGAUGAUACACCAAGAACUGGAGACCUUGAUUGUAGCUUCUGAAGUAAUUUCUGCUUUACUAGCGGUCAUCCUAAUCUUUAUAAUUCUAGCAACAACAUACAACUAUUAUUGGAAGAAGGAAUUGAAUAUAGUUAGCCGGGACGAAGUAAAAACUAUCUCCGGGUCCCAGCCCCAGUAUGGAACCCAAGGAACUGGAUCAGUACCUGAAACACAAUUACAGCUUGCUAUCCAUAACAGAGCCUUCCAACAUGAUUUAGAAUCUCCGCAGGAUGAGCUAAGAGCUGGGAAUUCUACCUUCUACAACCAUUUAGAAAAUGAAAUAACAAAUCCUUCACUGGAAACCAUCACUAGAGAAGGGAGGUCUCAAUUCUACCGCCAAAAAUCUCUUCAGGAUGAGUUGAUGUCUGCAGAAAACGAUGGGAACGGAAAAAUUAGUCUGGAUGAAGAUUAAGUGCUGAUGAAUUAAUAGGAUAUGUCUGGAAGAACAUUCUUCAUUAACCCUAAAAGGCUGGGGGGGGGGGCGUUUGACGCUCCACCCCUCGAGUUUUUUU